GUCUUUUUUAGCGCGUAGUUUGUUGGCGGAAAAGCUUCUUUCUGGAAGUUUUAGCAAAACGUUUUACUUUAUUUCACCUUGAGAAAUACAUAUAUAUCUAGUUUUUAACCAUAAAGAGAUAGGUCGGAUCGUGAAGUGAAUAUAUGAAAUAUUGAUUUGUGGAAGUACUGCGUUUCACCGCCAACUAUAGAGAUGGAGCUGCCCUGCUCCGAGGAGGGAUGUGUGACCAGACCUGACAGGACUAAAGAAAGAAAAGUCUCAAGGGAUGUGGAGAUGGAUAUCCAGCUCCUCUACAAAGCUGUUCCUCAGCUGGCCAAAGUUUUCCGCAUCAUUGACAAAAUUGGAGAAGGUACAUUCAGCUCCGUGUACCUGGGUGAGGCGCAGAUGCAGGACGGGAGUAAAGAGAUGUUUGCACUGAAGCACAUCAUUCCUACCAGUCAUCCUACUCGUAUCGCUGCUGAGCUGCAGUGUCUGACUCUGGCAGGAGGCAGAGAAAAUGUGAUGGGGGUGACGUACUGCUUCAGGAAGGACGACCACGUGGUGAUCGUAAUGCCCUACAUCGCGCAUCAAGCUAUUGUGGACAUCAUUGGGUCCCUAAGUUUCGAAGAGGUCCGUCUGUACAUGUACCACCUGCUAAAGGCUCUGAAACACAUCCACCAGUUUGGCAUCAUUCAUAGGGACAUCAAACCAAAUAACUUCCUCUACGACAGGAACAGCAAAACAUACGCGCUGGUUGACUUUGGCCUGGCUCAGGGGACGGCCGACACCCAGAUCGAGCUGCUGAAGGUGGUGAGACAGAGGUCAUCACAGAAAGGUGGAGGGUCUACAGGGAGACCAGAAACUGCACAAGCCAAAGGCACCGGCACAACCUCGACAUCUCUUCCUCCACGGCAGUCACUACCUCCGCCGCCUUCAUGCUCUGCUUCUUCCUCCACGGCUUCUCGGAAAGCACUGGUUAAAAAAGCACGUUUGGUCACCGCCACCACCUCCUCCCUUCUCACAAAACACUCAAAGGAUUUGAUAGCACUGCGCAAAGUUUCACGACCCGUGUUUGGAGAGAAGAAUCUGAACAGCUGCACGCCGGCUCCCUCCACCACGAAGCAGGGGGCCAGUACGACGGAGCUGGUGAAGCCCGGUAAAACAGCGGAUCCGGGCGGCCGAAGACCCUCUCCCGCUGCUCGUGUCCUGCCGCCCGUCAGGACCCAGAGCAGCAGUCAGAAACCUCAGAGGAGCCUGCAGCAGGGCCUCACCUGUAACUGCUACCGGACUGACCGGGUCUGCAAUAUCUGCAUGGCCAGGAAGCAGCAGGUGGCCCCCAGAGCGGGAACGCCGGGUUUUAGAGCCCCAGAAGUCCUCACAAAGUGUCCCGACCAAGGCACAGCCAUAGACGUGUGGUCCGCUGGUGUGAUCCUGCUCUCGCUUCUCAGCGGCCGUUACCCGUUCUUCAAAGCCAGAGACGACCUGAUUGCUCUGGCUCAGAUCAUGACCAUACUGGGCUCCAGAGAGACCGUCCAGGCCGCCAAGACAUUCGGCAAAGCGGUGGUGUGCAGUCGGGAGCUUCCUCGUCAGAACCUCAGGACACUGUGUGAAACUCUCAGAGGAGGGACGCCAUCGACGGAUGACAAAGUCACGCCAGCUCCAGAAUCCAUCCUUCAGAAGCAGGUCCAGGAUGAAACUCCCACCCAUAGGCCUGUUGGGGCGGCGCUCAAGCGAAAGAAAGAUGGAGGAGAAACUUUCUCUGCCAACCAUCGACCGUCAAGCAACAAUAACACCUCAAAUAAGCCCACAAAACAGAGCUCGGCCGACGGCGGCGCAGAGGGAGACGAGCAGGGCUGGGACAGAGUUCCUGAUCAGGCCUACGACCUCCUGGAACGACUGCUGGACUUGAACCCGAGCACCAGGAUCACAGCUGCUCAGGCUCUGCAGCACCCGCUCUUCAAGGACGUGUGCGACUCUCCGCGCUGAGGUUCACAUCCAUUAAUGGACCAUGUGAUAGUUUAAAAAUAGUUUGAACCCCUGAGUGGAAAAAUGAGCAAGAUGUGAUGCACUUUCUCCUCUUCCCUUUAAAUCUUAAUAGAACUAAAGAUGCAAGUUCUUGCAGAGCAGACUUUUGAAACACCGACAUUCGAUGUCGGAAUCUGUCGUUUCCAGGUUAUGGAAUACACGGCGUCAAACCGAAGACGUGUGUGGAAGAGCAACAGCACAGACUUAAAGCAUCACAUUAGACGCCGGUAAACAGUCUGCUGCCGUCAUAUUUUAUUACUAUUGUGUGGAUCGACCCUGAAAGGCUUUUAUUUUUUUUAAAGUGCAUUCAAACUUCACCAGUGUCCUCCACCUGUAAGAGUAUCUCUGAAAUCGCCGUAUUUAUGAACACUUUAACUUUUACAGCCUGUCUGAUUGUUGAUA